CUUUUUGCCCUACAUAGAAAACACUAUAUAUGGUAGAAAGCAAACACUGCACAUUACAAAGCAUCCCCACAGUAAAACUUGGUGGUGGCACAAUCAUGCUCCUGGAAUCGUUUUAUUCAGCAGGGACAGCGAAGCUGCUCAGAGUUGAUGGCCAGACCUCAAUCCAAUUGAGAGCAUGCAUGUGACAAUGUGUGAAAAUUGAUGCUAUGUACCCAAUGUGACUGAAUUUAAGCUAUUCUGCAAAGAACAAUGGCUACACAUUUUAGUGUCUAGAUGUGCAAGGCUGGAAGAGACAUACAAAGACUUGCAGCUUUAAUCACAACAAAAGGUGGUUCUACAAAGUAUUGACUAAAGGGAGUUGAGUACAAAUCUCCAUUUUUCAGAGUUUUAUAUGUAAAAAAAAUAAAAACUCAUUUUUUUCAGUUGUGCCCUAUUUCUAUUACAUAAAAUCCCUUUGAAAUAGUAUAAGGUUUAAGGUUGUAGCAUAAAAAAAUGUGUAAAAGCUCAAAGGGUGUGACUACUUUUACGAGGCCCUAUCGUGUAGCCUUUCCCAUAUUUCUGAACAAAACAACAAUAGGAAUCAAGCAUCAUUCAGAAGUUGUUUAUUUUUGAUGGCUGCUGUAUUAUUUGUGACAUACUGUGUAUGUGUCACCAGCCUCUGGCAUCUUAGGUAUCUUUAGGGCGAAUGGAUAAUGAUCUCCAUUCAAUGCACAGCAGAACAGAUACCAACAUGGAGACGAUGCUGGUGACAAGUAGCACAACCUGAAUGAUGUGACGGCCUGAAAGGCCAACUAAAGGUCACAAGUGAUGAGAUUACCAAGAGUUCUGUUCAGUUCUAGCAUCACCCUUUUUCUUCCAGUAUUGUUGCUCCUAAAGGUCACUAUUUGUAUCUCUGAGGAUGCUGAUAAGCAGAGGUGAGCUGAGGUCUAACUAUAAAGUUCUGAAGCAUUUAUAAAGAGAUUGGACCAUCCAGAAAAAGUCACAGCCCACAGGGACAUUUGUUCUGUCAACAUGUUGAAAGCAACACUGUUGACAUUAGGCUUGUUUAUAGCAUUUAUACACCUUACACAGUGUACUGAUGGUCAUUCUUCCUUCUAUGGGGUAAAACUGUGUGGAAGAGAGUUCAUACGGGCUGUCAUCUUUACAUGCGGUGGUUCUCGCUGGAGAAGAAGCAUAGAAGACUCAGCUCUUAUUGGUGAAGAGAUCCUUGAUCCUUGGAGGACAAAUUCAAUCCCUCAACUUACUGAUCAGGAUCCUGCUAAUUCUCAAGGGAUGAAUGCUGGUGGUUUCAGGCGCUCAGCUCGCUCACAACUCUCAGAGGAGGUGCUGGAGGCUCUACGUGGUGCAGACAGGGAAGAACGGGAAGUUGUGGUUGGACUGUCCAACGCCUGCUGCAAGUGGGGCUGCAGCAAGAGUGAGAUCAGCUCUUUUUGCUGAAAAUUGUUUACCUCCUCACUGACUGAUAUACA